ACAAAAUUCAAUUGGAAAGGAAAGAUCACGUAAGAGAGGUAUAUAUGCAGUGCUCUAUGUCCUGAAGGAUUCUGCCAUUUUCUCUUGAUUGAAAGGAAGAAGAGGGAGAAGAAAGCUCAAAAGAGCUUUCAUCUGUCUACGAAGAGAUGACGACGAAUGCCCUCAAGAAAGCCAUCAGAUAUACGCCCUUCCCCUGUUUCAACCGCUUGUUCAGCUCCGGAAAACAUGCUCGGGCAAUGCAAGGAAUGAGUCACACCAACCACGUCCAGAACAUCAAGAGAGAUGAUAACAUAUACGACAUUUCGAAUACGAUUGCCAAGAAGAUCGACCGCGUGUCUCUGUCUGACCCAAAGAGUCACAUAUUCAGGGUUCAUCAUCAACUGCGUGUGGUAAAUGAGAAGGCGUAUGAGCCUGUCUUGCUUUCCAUUGGCCCUUACCACCACGGCAAGAGCAAUCUCCAACGUAUGGAGAAAUAUAAACUGCAGUAUCUAAACCGACUGAUCCAACAAAGAGAAGCAAAGGGUUUUACAAGGUCGCAACAGUUAAACACGUAUCUAAGGACUCUCAAGGAAGGGGAAGACGAAGUCCGCUGCUACUAUGAUGAAGCCAUCAUCCUCAAGCCAAACAAAUUACUAGAAAUGAUGCUGCUUGAUGGUUGCUUUAUCAUCGAGCUGUUCCACGAGUUCUCAAGAGUCGAGAAAGAAAGGGACCCUUUCCUUAAGCCAGACUGGGUACAUAACGCCCUUGCACGCGAUUUAACCUUACUUGAAAAUCAACUUCCAUUCUUGGUCCUAAAAAGUUUGCACAACGUGAUCUCUGAUGAGCCCGACCUACUUCACCUUAUUUUCACUGCCUUGGAUUAUCUCCCCACGUAUUCUAACCUACCUCUAUGUCAAAACCAGCAUGAAAAGAGUAUUGCUCGGCAAAGUAUUUCUGACCUUGCCAAACGAUCAUUACUCCCGGCUGGAUCAACUUCCUUGAAAGGGAGACACCUAGAUCCGGAAAACCUUAACGAUAUAAAGCAUCUUCUGGAUCUUGUCCGGAAGUUUAUGCUUGUGGAAGAGACCUUGGAAAUGGAAAGUCAGACCCAGCAAGGAGCCCACCAGGCGAAAGGAGCAGUUAGUAGAAACUGCAUGGAAAGGAGGACAAAGAAGUUCGCGUAUUCAGCUAUGGAGUUGAGAGAUUCAGGGGUCACAUUCAAGGGUGUGGAGAAAGGGAAGUUUUACGAUAUCCGAUUUGAAAAUGGCAUCUUGGAGAUCCCUGUAAUUCGGAUCACAGACAACAUGGAGGCAUUGUUCCGGAACCUCAUUGCAUAUGAGGAGCAUGCUCCAGGUAAUGGCGUUAACUAUAUAUCCGAUUACAUGGCUUUCGUGGAUGGACUAAUCAAUUCCACUAAGGAUGUGGAAUUACUCCGUCGAAAAGGGAUCAUUGAGAACUUGAUGGGUGAUGAUGAAGCAGUCUCGAUGAUGUUUAAUAGGAUGAACAAGAACACGGCCGUGACACCAGAUUUUUACUAUGAGGAUAUUAUCAACAGCCUGACAGUACAUUGCGAGAAGCGGUGGAAUAUUUGGCUGGCGAAGUUGAAGAGAAAUUAUCUCAACUCUCCAUGGGCAGUUCUAUCAAUUGUUAUAGGCUUUCUAUUAGUUGUCAUGGAUAUAACACAAACUGCUUAUGCAGUUCUGAAUUACCAUAAACAUGUGAAAUAGUUUGUAUCUCUCUUUCUCGGAGGAUUCCAUUUUCUUUUGUAAUUCCAUCUGCCAUUU